AUGGCAAAACAUUGCGACUCUAAAAAGAGGCCUCGUUGUGACAAGCUUAAGGUCCCUCCUCAGCCUUCCUUCAUGGUCCCAAACUGGACUGUCCAACACGGUCCAAACUGGACCUUGAUGCCAAUCCUUGACCUCGACUUUCGGUCACGUGAGCUGCCUCGCCGCAGUCCUUCGCAAACGACGACGCCGCUCAUUGGUCAAAAAGAGAGGUUCCAACAGGACCUCACUUCGGUCCGUCCUUUGCCCCCAUUUGAUAGCUUUUGGAGUCAGUACCAGCUUCCCAGCGAUUUCACAGUGAAUGAAGGCAUAUCAGGAGCUGGAGGAGAGGUUUGUCUUCCAUCAUCCACCGCACAGCUGGGAAUCAAGGACUCGGAGCAAUUCAGCUCGAAAUUUCUCAAGAGAUGUGAUGAGAUCCUAUUUGUUUUAUGUCAUGCCUGGCGGCCGGAGACAUGGAGCUGGCCUGAUGGGGCAGAUCCUCCUCCAACCAUUGAGUAUGAUCUCUACAGCCUUGACCUGAGUUUGUGGGAGCUCUACACAAGGAGGACACCCUUCGAGGGCUGGUACGAGGACGAUAUCAUGUACACUCUUCAGCAAGGGGAGACGGUUGAUGUGGAUGAAGUCGAAGACGAGGAUGUGAAGUCUGUGAUUUGCCAUUAUCUGAGAAUGGCAAAGGUUUUUCCUGCCAUCCCUAUGUUUACAUCUGCCAACGCGCCGUCUCUCCUACCUCCGCCUGUGAACGAUGAUGACAGUAUACCUUACCUUGCGCAACUCACGGAGGUUGAAAAUUUCCGGGCACAGUUGCGUUUGUUGCCUGGGGAGACUGAGAAAUUUGAGCUCUGGAAAAUAGGCAGGUCGUGA